UUGCAUUAUAUAUUAUAAAUAAACACAGAGCUGGAAAAUGUGCUAUUGUUUUAUUGCAGUCACGUUGGAAUAUUUUAGACAAAGUUUUAUUGGAUUUUCAACACAAACCACCAAUCAUGCUGGUGCAAAAUCAGCAUGUGUUAAAUUGGGUGGUCACCUUGCAAUUAUACCAGAUGCAGAUACUCAAACCUUCAUUCAAACCAAAGGAGCUGCUUACAAGAGUGCAGGAAAAUGGAUGACAAGCAACAAUGAAGCCUACAUUGAUGCAGUAAAGACAUCAGAUGGAACUGGUUGGGAAUGGAGCACAACACAAGACAAGUUUUAUUUUGGCACUGCUCAGCACAGAAAUGGGUCUGAUGUUAAUAAUGGAAAGUACAGCAACUGGCAUUUCUACCAGCCAAAUAUUGGAAAAUAUUCAGUGGUUGGAUCUAAUCUAGGAGUAUAUGCAUGGAGCUGGAAAUCUGUCUCAGCCUUAACUAUGGCUCACUAUAUUUGUCAGAUUAAAGUCACAAUGGAGUAUUACAAGGGAAGUUAUUUCACAUUUUCUCCACUUACUGCAAAUCAUACUGGUGCAAAAUCUGCAUGUGUUGGAUUGGGUGGUCACCUUGCAAUUAUACCAAAUAAUGAAACUCAAAUCUUUAUUCAAACUAAAGGAGCUGCUUACAAGAGUGCAGGAAAAUGGAUGACAAACAAUCUUUAUGCUUACAUUGAUGCAGUGAAGACAUCAGAUGGAACUGGUUGGGAAUGGAGCACAACACAUGACAAGUUUUAUUUUAAAACAACUAACCGUGGAAUUAGUGGUCCAUUCAUUGUUAAUGGAAAAUACAACAACUGGCAUAUUUACUUUCCAAACAUUGGUAACUAUGGAAUGACAAGCUCAUUCCCUGAUGCAAAUAUUUGGAGGUGGAGAUCAACCAAACCCUCAUUUAAUGCUCACUAUAUUUGUCAAAUUAAUGUAAAAAGCACGUCACUGGUUGCAUCCAAAUCUACUUUAAAUGUAAAGUACGGAGAAGAUUCUGUUCUUUGUUCAUCAAAUGCCAACCCUGGACCUCCUGUCUCAUGGAAAAUAAACUCACAAGAUGUUUCAACAAACACAAGUGAACGAGUUUAUCAAAUAAUUACACAACCUACACUGGAUGGGAAUUCUACAUCACGUUUGUAUUUAACUCGUGGUUUACAUCAGAAUUCUGGUGUUUAUACUUGCAAUGCUACUUCCCUUGACCAAUCUGCAGUAACUACUGUCACAAUUGAAAAGCGACCAAGGUUAUUGGAAAGUAAAUUAGAGACAUCAACAUACACUUGCAUAUUUAUCGGUGAAACUUCACCCACUGUUCAUUGGAAUGCAAAUGGUGUCACAGUUGAACAAGGAAUCUCAUUCAUAAACAACACAGUGUUAAAUACACAUCAAGUAUCAAGCCAAAUUACAAACUUGUUAAUAUUUGGAAGUACAGAUGUUGUUUCAUGCUGGGCAAAUACUUCAGAUGGUUCUUCAAACAUGAUAUCAAAAAUUGGAUUUUCAGAUUCUCCAAGCUCAGCAGUCACUUCUUCACCUGGUGGUUGCCAUGGUAACCAACUGCAAGUUAAUUGGACAGAUAUUACCAAAACCAGUGGUAACAUUGUAUACAAUGUAAGCAUCACCAAUUCAAGUCAAACUUACAUGAAAACUCUCACUCAAACAUCAACAAGUGACAACAAAUAUUCAAUCACUUUUGAUAACUUAACACCAAGAACAGAAUAUACCAUCAAGGUGAAUUUGUUUCCAAAGUAUUCCAAAAAAAUUGACCAAAUAGUUGGAAGAACAACUGGUGUAAAACCAAGUAUUUUGUCAGCAAGUGCAAAUUUGGAUUCCAGUAAAACAUUUUGUUUAAUAUCGUGGGUUAAAGGACCAGAAACUGGAAUAAUUGGAUCUAAAAUUGUUGUAACAAGUAGCUUACACAAGAAAGCACCAGGUGUGCCAGACGUUGUAACUAAUGAAACACAUAUACCACCAAGUGAUACUUAUUCGUACCUGCUUAAAACAAAACCAAAUCGUAAACAUGUCAUUACAAUCGCUGCUAAGACUUGUUCUGAAGUUGGUUUGUAUAUUGUAGCAACAGGACAUUGUAUAUCACAAGUACAAGCCCCUGCCAGUAUACCAACCCCCACAACAGUUGGAAGUUCUGCAAGUACCUUACAUAUACAAGUAAGCAAGGCCGAUGAAACUGACGGACCAAUCAGUUGUUAUCUUGUCAUUGGUGGUAAAGAAGGAAGCAACGUUUAUAGAGAUUCCUAUACAUGGAUGGAAAUAGAAAACAUAAUCACAAACUCUAAGUCUUCUACAUAUUGUGCUGCAGUUUUACCUAGGUUUAUUGAAACAAACAAACAAGUUGGAUUAUCCACCACUACAGCAACACAAUGCAAAGUGAAUACAUCUUAUGCUAUAAGCUGUACCAACAAAUUGUUGACCAAUGGAGCCAAGUACAAAUUUCAGGUUGUCAGUUUAACUUUAGCUGAUGGAGUUUACUUGACACAAACUAGUCAACCAAUUGUUACAACCCCGCUUAUAAAUAAGCCAACAAGUUUUAAUACACUCAUAAUAGCAGUUGUGGUGGUUGCAGUGUGCAUGUUGAUAGCUUUGGCAGCAGCUGUUUAUUUCUACAGAAAACAAAGGAAUGUGCUUCUGAAACAAGGCAGAUCUCAAAAUGUUCAUUUUGUUCAGAAUAAAGGGGGUGUGCAACAAGAUAAUACAAAUUAUGAAGGUGCAUACAGCAACUUAGAAGUUGAUCAGAAACUAAAAAUGGACAACUCGACUUAUUUAUCCCCANUAAAGAAUCUUCCUGCCAAUCAAGAAUCAAAUGCUUAUGAAGAAUUCAAAGUUCAAAGUACUUAAAAGUUGUGGUUGUUGCCGUGGUUAUCGUUAGUUCUCCAUAGCAGAAACAGUAUACACCUGUGUAAAGUUAUGAGCCAAUGUUAUGCCAAAGAUUGGUUUUAAACUCUUUGGUUUGCACUUAUUGAAACACUGGAGUAAAGUGAAUCUGAAAAGCAAUGUUAUGCAAAGAAAACAUUGUUAUAGACUAUAUAUAUAUUUUAUUUCUUUUUUUAUUGAUGAUGUAUUUAUUAUUUUUUUAAAUUAUUGUAUAUUAUUGAUUCAUUAUCCGUGAAAAACACAAUUAUGUUAACAGAGUGUUUUCAUUCAUACACUACCGGUGUGGAAUAAGUGAAAAUUAGGGCUAGCUAAAAAAGUGGUUCUUUUAAUCUUUUUUCGUCGAAGGUAACAAAACAAUAAAACAACACUGCGC